AAAAUAAAAUCACUCAAAAGGGUGACAAUCAUCAUAUCGGAAGAAACUCCGUAUUUAUUCUCUUUUUCUUUCUCUCUCUCUCACUUUUUCUCUUCAUAAUAAUCCACGCAAUUGUAGUAGAUGAGUUUUCUUAAUUUCAGGUAUAAAGAAGCAAAAAGAAAAGCUUCAAAAAAAGUUCUUGUAGUAGCAAUAUGAUAAUUGACUCCAAACCACUGUUUCUAACUCAUCCAUAUGCAACAAUUAUGUUGGUGAAGGGUGAUUUUAAAACGAUUAUCGAAUUACCUAAAUACGUUGAUAUAAAUGAAUGGCUCGCAUUUAACACCUUUGAAUUUUUUAAUCAUCUAAAUCUAUUUUAUGGAUCCAUUACUGAUUUUUGUACACCACAGAGCUGUCCAACCAUGUCAGCAGGACCUGGAACAGAAUAUACAUGGACAGAUAACAUGACCAACAAAAAGAUUAAACUGUCAGCACCGCAAUAUAUAGACUAUAUGACGAGUCAUAUAGAGAGCAUGAUUGAAGACGAGAGAUUAUUUCCAACCAAAUCAGGUCGAGAGUUUCCAGUAGACUUUGUUCAGAUUGUAAAGAACAUAUUUAAACAACUAUUUAAGCUAUUUGCACAUAUUUACCAUCAUCACUUUGAUAAAAUAAUUUCACUACAUGAAGAACCUCAUUUCAACUCGUUAUUUGCUCAUUUCGUAUCUUUUGCCAGACAAUUCGAUCUACUCGAAAAGAAGGAUAUACAGCCCUUAUAUGAACUAAUCGAACUACAUACCCAAUGUAAUCAUUAACUGUUGCCCGAGUGACUUUAAAAUAUAAAAAAAUAUUUAUCCUCCCUCUUUUCAUAUGUGCAGUGGCUCCACCCUCAAAGUUCGUUUUCUAAUGAACUGAAUUCGUUUUUUCUAUAGCCCAAAGUUUAUUCUUUGAUUGGCCAAAGCUCGUUUUUGUAACUUGCCCAAAUUCGCUUUUGCAUCAUUCAAAGUUCGUUUUGAUUAUUAAAGGUGAACACUACGCACACGAGAAAUCCACGAG